CAAUUAGUGGUAGCAGACCACUUUAUCGUUAAAAAAUUAAAAUCACAAGUUUAAAAAGACAUACGACAUAUUUAAAAUGCGUCGCAAUAAUUUAUCCUUGACUCUCAUAACUUCCUCACUAACUUUCUUAUUUCUCGCAAACCCAUUAAUAUUGCAAAUUAAUUCCGUUAAUAUUCCACCCUCGAGCCUACUAACUUUACAAAACCAAGAACAAUUAGAUGGCUAUGGAAACGUUUUGCUGGCUUGGGAAUAUGAUGAAUCGUCUCAGAUUAUCUCGUUCGAAUUGGAAGUAGCAACGGAAGGAUUUGUCGGAUUUGGCAUUUCCCCAAGUGGUAGCAUGACCGGGGCUGAUAUAUUUAUUGGAGGUGUUCUCCCAAACGGCACAGCCUAUGGGGCGGACUACAUCGGCUUAGGAAACUUCUCACCAAAACUUGAUGAUCAUCAAGACUGGACAUUACUCUGUGGGAUGGAAGCACUUGGAAAAACGUAUAUUAAAUUCUCCCGCCUCAUUAAUACCUGUGAUGAUGAGGAUUAUCCAAUCGGCAAUGAUACAACCAGACUCAUUUGGUCGUACGGUUUGACUGAUGAUAUUAGAUAUCAUACAGCACAACGAAGGGGAUCAAAAGCGGGAAACUUUAUCGGCACACCAAAUCCGCAAUUGGAAUUAGACGCAUUAUCAAAAUGGGAAAUAAUGGUCGACAUGGUGAUGCCAUCUAGUGAUACAACGUACUGGUGUAGCUUUCAUAAAGCCCCAGUCGUCAUGACGAAACAUCACGUUGUUGCUUUUGAUGCACUGCUUGAUGGCCUUGAUGCCAUCGCACAUACUCAUCACUUCAUCCUCAAAAACUGUUACGUUCCACGAGGCUCGAAUAAAACGCUGGAUCAAGUGUUUAGGAAUUAUACGGUAGACACGGGAUUUAUGGGGGCACAUUGUUACAAUCUGGCAGCAAUUGUUCCCACUCCGGAAUUUUAUUGUGCGCAAUACCUAUUUGUAUGGGCGAAGGGAGGCAAGAUAAUGACCUUCCCCGAAAAUGUGGGUUACCCAAUUGGUGAGGGUGACGAUGCUGGGCAACAAUUUUAUUACAUGUUGGAAAUUCACUACGAUAAUCCAGACAAGAAGGAAGGUGUACAAUUUAAGGCUGGAGUUCAGUUUUACUAUACUAAUGAAACUAGACAAGAAGAUGCCGGAUUGCUAGCAGUGGGACACGAGACCGAUUUCAUGUUCACAAUUCCACCAAACAUUUCCGAUUUCACACUUAUCGGACAAUGUGGACCAGAAUGUACCAACUGGGGAAUUAAAGAGAAGGAAGGCGUCACAAUUUUUAAUGUUCUUCUCCACGCUCACAUUUCUGGCCGGAAAUUAAGACUCCGUCACUUCCGGGGCAACCUGGAACUUCCCUGGAUUGAUUACGAUGACCAUUAUGAUUUUAAUUAUCAACAAAGUAAAGCCAUUCCAAAUACAAAACUCUUUCCUGGUGAUCGAUUAAUCUAUGAAUGCACCUAUUCCUCAACGUGGAACAACGGGAAGGCGGUGGUUAGCGGUUUAUCAUCAAGAAAUGGAAUGGGCCUUACAUUUUUCUGGCAUUAUCCACGACAGGAUAUGGACUCUUGUUAUUCCCAAACCCCGUUUAUGAAACAUAUUCAAGAUUUUGGAAUUACGAAACUUAAAACCGUUCCUGCUCCCAGUGGAUAUCUGAUCAUGAUUGAAGAACCUGAAUACUUGCGAGGAGAAUAUACGGAAACCAUUUCCCUGUUUCACAACUGGACGGCAGAAUUUAUUGAACAGUACCAAUACAACCAGAGGUUUCUUCCGCAUGAGAAUGGAUGCAAUAGUCAGAAAACGGGAGAAGGGUCAUAUACUGAGGAAACGAGUUAUCCGGUCGAUUAUGUUGCAUACGUUCCGAAAGACAUUUGUUCCCCAGAAACUGGACCAACUGACAGGACAAUGCCAACCGGAUCGGCAUCAACAACUACGAUGACGGCCGAAGUACGAUGAAGUACGACCGGAAGAAGCUUCUGGGUCGUGGUUGAAUUCUAUUGAGAAGUUGAUGAUUAUGUUUUUUUUGUUCCUUGUAGCUCAAUAAAUAUUAAAAGAUUUUAUAAUUGUAUGCACCGUUUAAAACUAAAGGUUAAGAGACAUGUCAAUUAAUGUUCUUAAUAACCCUAAUAUGCGUGUAUAUAAAUUUUAUUACAAAAUUAAACUUACUAAGCACAUUUAUGUAUUUACUGGCAUUAAAUAAUUAUUUUAUAUCUGACGGG